GUGGGAUAGAGCGUUCUAUACCAUAAAGAUGCACUUAGCUGCGCGGGAUAGAGCGCCUAAUACCAUAGAGAAGAGCUGAGCGGCGCGGGAUAGCGCGUCUAAUACCAUAGAGAAGAGACGAGCAGAGCAGGCUAGAGCGUCUGAUACCAUAGAUAAGAUAGAGCGCCUGGUGACACUUGUACUAUAGAAGACAACUAAGCGUGCGGAAUAGAACGUCCGAUAUCAUAGAGAAGAGCUGAGCGGUACUAUAAAGAAGAACUGAGAGUCGCGAGAUAGAACUGCCUUUGUGCCAUAGAGAAGAUCUAGGAUGCUGAUGGUUAGAAUGUCCGUUACCAUAGAGACAGUGAGCGGCGCUCCUGGUUCCAUAGAGACCUCUUUAUGGUAGAAGCUGACCGCGGUGCUGGGGAAUUCAGCUUGUAGGAAGAUGAACGGCCCUCCCCAGGGCUCCUCCUUGGCCUCUCCUAUCCAUGCAGCAGCUGUGACAGGGACAAGGCGACGUCUGCUGCGCCUGAUUGGCUCCAACUCAGAUCUAAUAGACCAGGAGGACCAGCUGGGGAGAAGCCCUCUGAUGUACAGCGUGCUGGGUGAUCGCAGAGCAUGUGCGGAGGCUUUGCUGCGCUGUGGGGCCCAGGUGAAUCGCUCCGAUAGAAGCGGACGCACGGCACUCCAUCUGGCCGCACAGACGGGCAAUCACCGCCUCUUGAAGCUUCUCCUGUCCCGCAGAGCGGACUGCACCCAUCGUGAUCUGCGCGACAUCACCGCACUGCACCUGUCCACCCGUCACAAGGACACCCAUUGCCUGGCUCUGCUCCUGAAGCACACCCCACCGGGGCAGGUGGAUGCUCAAGAUCAGAGGAAGCAAACCGCACUGCACUGGAGCGCCUAUUACAAUCGUCCCCGGCAUGUCAGGCUGCUGGUUCGGCACGGCUCCAAUAUCGGCAUUCCCGACUUGGAAGGGAAAAUUCCUCUGCACUGGGCAGCUGGACAUAAAGACCCGGAAGCCGCACUCACAGUUCGCUGUUUGCUGGAAGCGGCCCCAACUGAGUCUUUACUGAACUGGCAGGAUUACGAAGGGCGCACGCCUCUGCACCUGGCUGUGGGAGAUGGGAACCAAGAAGUGGUACGGCUUCUGACUUCCUAUCGGGGCUGUAAUGUAACGCCGUACGACAAUCUGUUUCGUACCCCUUUGCAUUGGGCAGCGUUAUUGGGUCAUACGCCCAUCGCAAAUCUGCUUCUGGAAAGAAAUCGCUCUCCCAACAUCCCUUCAGACAGUCAGGGAGCCACCCCCCUCCAUUAUGCUGCUCAGGGAAACUGCCCGGACACCGUCCGGGUUCUGCUGGCCCACCCCUCUGUAAAAGAUGAGGCUGACUUAGAGGGAAGGACUGCAUUUAUGUGGGCAGCAGGGAAAGGGAGCGACGAAACCAUAAAAGUUAUGCUUGAGCUAGACUCUGAGUUAGAGAUCAACAGAACGGACAAAUACGGUGGUACAGCACUCCACGCAGCGUCCCUUUCUGGCCACAUCAGCACCAUACGAAUAUUGCUGCAAAAUGGUGCCCAAGUGGAUGCUGCAGAUGUAAUGAAGCACACCCCACUUUUCAGGGCUUGUGAAAUGGGGCACCGAGAAGUAAUUUAUACACUAAUUAAAGGGGGGGCAAAAGUUCAUCUUGUGGACAAAGAUGGCCGUUCCCCCCUUCACUGGGCAGCAUUAGGUGGCAAUGCCAACGUAUGUCAAAUACUUAUAGAAAAUAACAUCAACCCCAAUGCCCAGGACUAUGAAGGUAGGACGCCUUUGCAGUGUGCAGCCUAUGGAGGUUACAUCGGAUGCAUGGAGGUAUUAAUGGAGAACAAAGCGGAUCCAAAUAUCCAGGAUAAAAAUGGGCGCACAGCUUUGCAUUGGUCAUGCAACAACGGGUACCUAGAUGCAGUAAAACUUCUACUACACUAUAAUGCCUUUCCUAAUCAAAUGGAAAGCAUUGAAGAGCGGUACACACCUCUGGACUAUGCGCUGCUUGGUGGGCAUCAGGAGGUUAUACAGUUUAUGCUGGAACAUGGUGCCCUCUCUAUUGCUGCAAUCCAAGACAUCGCAGCCUCCAAAAUUCAGGCUGUGUACAAGGGACACAAAGUACGAAGGGCCUUUAGAGAUAGGAAGAACUUGUUGAUGAAGCAUGAGCAGCUGAGGAAAGAUGCAGCUGCCAAAAAGCGAGAGGGCGUAAGCCAAAGGAAAAUCAAAGUAACCAGCCUAGCCAAGGUGGGCAGGAUGAGGACAAACAGACCAACUCUAUUGAGAGAUUCACGGACAGAGGGAGCAGCAUGAAUACAACAGAAAAGUACUACAGAGGAAAAAAGACUGGAAGGUGCAGGUAGGACAAAGAUAAAAGAGCGCCAAAGCAGGGCCGGCCAUGCAUCUCCAAGACAAGGAGAAGUGUGUGAUCCAAGCAGAGCACCUAGUAGGAUAUCUCAUGCAAUGUCCUGUCCAACAGAACUGUCUGUAAAGGAGUAUGAUGAGGAAGGUCAAAAUAACAAAUGUAAAAGAAGCUCCAGACAUAGAAAGGAACAUUGUAGCUCUCCAGUCCAUGAGGAAAGGUGCCAAAGCCAGAAAGACUAUCAUAGAAUAUCUCCCAAGGAGAUUAAAGAAGGCUCCCAGUUGUCUUUAAAAGCUGAAUGUAACACUAGACCAUGUGUAAUGGAAAAGGACUGUGCAGAAAAGGUCACCAGCAAAGAGCUGAUUGUGGAAAAGCCACUGAAAGGAUCUAAAAUACAUAAAAAAAAGAAAGCCGAUACGGACAUGGUUACCCAGAUAAUGGCGUCCUGCAGUAUUACAGAACCUCACUCGCCCAGGAUAAGCAAAGAACCUGACGGUAUAGUAAUCCAGGUGACAAGUAAUGGAGACAAUUCUUCGAAGAACAAAGAAAUCUCUGGAAGACGGCAUUCAGAAAGAAAAAGUAGCUCAGCCAGAGCAGGACAGCAAAUUGCCUCUGGAGGACAGACUACAUGUGAUGAAGAGAGACCAUCAAGAAAGACGAGACAAAGAACAUCGAGUUCACGUUCCAGACAUAGCAAACAAGCAGAUCUAGAGAGGAAAGGUGUAAACUUCUCCCCAACAAGCCUUAUUAAUGCCAGCAGGAUGCCAGCAAUUCCAAGAGACAGUUUAAGAGCAGGUCUCAGCCUUGCUCAGUGGCAGCAGCUAGACAUUGAACUGAUUCCCUUAGAGGCGAGACUACAGUUAGUAGAAAGAGAGAAAGCCAGAAAACAACUUUUCCAACGCAAGAACCAAGCGGCAGUCCUUAUUCAGAGGGCCUGGAGAAAGCACAGGAGCAAAAAGACGGGAUGGACUGUUUACUCAGCGCGUGUUCUCUGA